AUGUAAUCUCGUUUGACCGGCCAGAUCGCUUCCCUAGCCAAUGAGACAGAGUGACUGUUCAAUAUUGGGCAUAAGCCUGUCAGCAGCACCUGAAUGAGCCGACGCGGAUCUCAACUCUCCGGCUGCACCAAAGUGGAGCAAAGCCUGGGAAUGUCUUCCAUCUGAGGGUGGAAAGCUCACCGUCUUCAUGUUAUAGGUGGCUGUCCGUACACUCACAUACAUAUAUUUGUACUUAGAUAUGUGUGUAAAUACACCCGACGACUAAGAGAUACAUCACCUUCAUCCACCACAAGUCAAACCACGUUAUUUGCACCAGACGAAACCCUUACAAUGGCCGCUGAAGUCGUCAUGAACGCCUCCAUCCCGCUUCAUCCGUACUACCCAUCGGAUGCGAUACUCCCGGGCUACGUCGCCAACACCUUCAGCGCACACGAGCUGCGAGCCAUCUUCGCGGCCGGCGCGACCGCCAUCCUCGUGCCGACGUACCGCCUCAUCAAGAAGACGCGCCCCAACCUUCCGAAUGGCGAGGUCGCGACGGCGCUGUGGUUCACCCUGAGCGCCUUUAUCCAUUUCUUCUUUGAAGGCUACUUCUCCUACAACCAGGCCAACAUGCCGGCCACCGUCCACAUCUUCGGCCAGCUCUGGAAGGAAUACUCCCUCUCCGACUCGCGCUACCUGACGCAGGACUCCUUCAUUGUCUGCAUGGAGACCAUCACGGCCGUCUUCUGGGGCCCGCUGUCCUUCGCCUGCGCGUACUGCAUCGUCACGGCGCACCCGCUCCGCCACCCGCUGCAGCUCAUCAUCAGCCUCGGCCAGCUCUACGGCGACGUGCUGUACUUCGCGACGUGCUCCUUCGACAAGCUCGUCGCCAGGAUCAUGUACUGCCGGCCCGAGGAGUUUUACUUUUGGUGCUACUACGUCUUCUUCAACGCGUUCUGGAUCGUGAUCCCGUUCUACCUCAUCGUCCGGAGCUGUGUCGAGACGAAGCGGGCUUUUGAGAAGGCGGCGGAGCUGGAGGGGAGAUCGGGGAAGAAGAACAUCUAA